AUGGCUCGGAAGGGCAAAGGUUUCCACUUGGCGGUGGCCUACAAUACCCAUCAACCACAGGCUGCCCAUUCGACCACCCAAUUUGGGGGCUGUUCUACUUCUGCCUUCAACAAAGUAUCCCACCGAGUCCGGUCCAGUGGCGAUGAUAGCUCGGGGCGAUGGGCUUGGAACCGACUUCAAGGCCGAACACAAGGCGUUGGCCAGCGCAACUUGGUGGUCAUCUCUGCCUACCGACCAAACCCACCCAACGACAGGCACCAAACCAUGUGGUUCCAACACAAGGCCCAUUUCAGCCACACCAACCGCGACGCAGAACCCAGGGAGGCUUUCAUCAAGGACCUCUCGACGGCUAUCAACACCUAG